UUUUUUCUCACGGAACGAUCCAGACGCGCUAGCCGUAGGCCGCGCGUAGCUGGCGGUGUGCGCUGCCGCUGCGCCAUGAAGACCACUUCGUCGCACGGGCUCCACGCCGCGUCGGCGUCGCUCUGCACGCCGUACCUACUCCUCCUACCGCUCGGCCUCCUCGCCGUGCUGCUGGCGCUCCCGAGCCUCGGCUCCUCUUACGCGCGCUCCCAAGGCCUCGGCGUGCUCUGCCGCAGCGCGGCGGCAGGCACCGACGUUGGCGGCGGCGGUGACUACUCCUCCUCCGUCGCGUCGGGCGCCGGCGACGAGAAGAAGGCCGCGGUCGCCGAGACACCGCGGCCGGAGCUCAGCCUGCUGGUGGGCGUGCUGACCGUGCCGGGCCGGCGGGAGCGGCGGGACAUCCUGCGGACGGCCUACGCGCUGCAGCCGGCGGCGCCCGCGGCGCGCGUGGACGUGCGCUUCGUCUUCUGCAGCGUGACGGACCCGGUGGAGGCGGCGCUGGUGGCGGUGGAGGCGCGGCGCCACGGCGACGUGCUGGUGCUGGACUGCGCGGAGAACAUGAACGACGGGAAGACGCACGCGUACCUGUCCUCCGUGCCGCGCCUCUUCGCGUCCGCGCCCUACGACUACGUCAUGAAGACCGACGACGACACGUACCUGCGCGUGGCGGCGCUGGUGGCGGAGCUGCGCCCCAGGCCCCGCGACGACGUCUACCUGGGCUACGGCUUCCCCGUCGGCGACGACCCCAUGCCGUUCAUGCACGGCAUGGGCUACGUCGUGUCCUGGGACGUGGCGCGCUGGGUGUCCGCCAACGGGGACAUCCUGCGCCACAACGACACGCACGGGCCCGAGGACCUGCUCGUCGGCAAGUGGCUCAACAUCGGCGGCAGGGGCAGGAACCGCUACGACCUCAAGCCCAGGAUGUACGACCUCAACUGGUUCAUGGACAACUUCCGCCCGGACACCAUCGCCGUGCACAUGCUCAAGGACAACCGCCGAUGGGCGGCCACGUUCACCUACUUCAACGUCACCGCCGGGAUCCACACCAACAGCCUGCCGUGAUCAACCAGUUAUUUCAGUUCGAUUUUUUUUUCCCUGAGGUUGACGUUGGCUGAUUGUGCCAAGGUGGCGUGCGUAAGCCACAUUCUUUUCUUGUAUUUAUUAUAUUACAUAUCGUUAGUCUUCUGAUUGGUCAUCGUC